AUGUCCGCCAAGGCUAUCGUUCUUUUCUGCGCUCAGGCGCUUUUGGUUCAGUCCAUCUCAGCCUACUGUGGCGCUGGAUUGGCCUACGAAGCACCCUUGAUCGCCGCCGGUCCCUGCGGUGCCGCCGCCCCCUGGGCCGGAUACGGAGCUGCAGGUUGCGGUUACGGUCUAGCAGCUAUCCCGACAUCUAGCGGUGGUGGUUUCCCUGUCUCCAGUGCUUCUCCCAUCUCUCCCGUCGGAGUGUCCGUUCUGUCAGAGAACGAGAUCGGAGGUAUCUUGGCCGUUGGCGGUGAGCUGCCUUUCCUGGGUACUGUCGGCCUGGAGGGCGUUCUUCCUACUGCUGGUGCUGGUGCCGUCUCCUACGGCUGCGGCAACGGUGCCGUGGGCAUGGUCAGCGAAGACAUCGCCGCUCCCGCUUGGGGCUACCCCGCCGCCGCUGGUUUGGCUUACGGACCCGGCCUCGGUGCCGGUUUGGGUUACGGAGCGGGUCUCGCUACCGGAUUCGGCUACGGUCCCGCUAUCGCUGGACGCGCCUUGGGCGGCGGCUGCGGAUGCGGUAUCUAC